UAGCAUGUCAGGGGCUUAUGGUAAUCUGCAGUAAAUUUGUUUCACUCUCAACAACCAAAAUUAUUUAAACGCAAAAAUCCUAAAUCCUCCAUUAUCAUGAAUAUCAGUACAAUUUUCAAUAAGUAAUCAUGGCAUUAAGUUUUCCACAUUAAACAUUUGAUAGUCGUAAAAUACACGAAAGAAUAAUUAAAUACCUCCAGCAAGGAAUGUUCUGAAGGCGCGGCCCCACAUGUUCCUCUCUACAAUGUUUAACAAACUUUUGUUAGGCAUUUUCAUCCUUUCCUUCUCAGUCAAAGAUGUAAAGUCUGAUGAACUAGCGUGUUUUACCACUGGAUCACAGUCAGCUACCAAAUGUGAGGCAGCCAUCCGAUAUCCCGUCUGCAUUAAAAAGCUCGAAGACGGGAAGGUGGUAAAGUUUUGCAAGGCGGUCGGUUACUGUUAUAAUCAAAGUAACUGUUGGGAGUGUAGGAACACGGGCUGCAAUGGGGCACACGCCGCGGGAAGGCUGGCUGUUUGGAUUGUAACAUCAGGUGUCACCAUAGUUCACAUUCUUAAAUACCAUAUCACAUGAAUCGAAUCCAGUGAGGUUUACAGUGGAACCCCGGUGACGGCGACCAUCCCGGUAACGCGACCACCCCGCUAUGACGACCAAGAAUCACCGGUCCCCGGUUCGUGUAUUGAAUGUAACUAACAGCAUGUGAGCAUGUGAGCAUGUUCUCAGCAGCUUGUAAGCCUAUGUCAAAUAAUUGAACAAGCCGAAUGUUUAACUUAUAAAAUGAAGCCGGUUUGCCGUCUUCUAAACGGCGGUUUAAAAGUUGUAGUCUAAAAAAUGCUGUAACUUUGCAUGUUCAUAAAUGAAAUGCACCAACGAUAGAUAAUAAGACUAGCACUACGUCUAUGGACAUCCAAAUAGAAGAUGAAUUACACUUCAACCACAACAGACGUUAAUCUGAAUUAACGAGGUGGAAACCAAAUUCCGUCUUUAGUCGGACGCCAAACCGUGGAAUCGUUAUCUUUUGCAUAAUUCAAUUAGCAUAUUGACAGGCGAGGUAAAUUUGUCACCGCUUCUUGGAG